GUGAUACGACACUCGUCGUGACGUACGAGAUUAGUAUGCAACCACCCAUACGUUGACCCACGUGGGUCAAAGUCCGCGCAGUACUGAACAGAAGUCGUGCUGCAUUUCGUUUCUAUUCAUUACCGUCACACUUUUGACUCUCCCAACCAGGAAGUAUGGCGAUCGAAGGUAUUCUCGUCAGGUGGAUCUCUUUCGGUCUCGGCUGUUUCUAUUCAACAUUCGUUUUGUUCACUUUAACUCUGGGUUUUGUGAAACACCCUAUCGCAUUUUUCUCCCGCAAGAAACGAGAUGUGAUGCCAUCAGUUCUAAACGACCCGGACUUGGGAACACAUGGCUAUGUUCACUUGGAGGAUGUUAGGAUCCACUAUGUUGCCCAGGGAGACGAGACCAAACCGUUGAUGCUGUUUGUGCAUGGGUUUCCAGAGUUCUGGUACUCAUGGCGAUACCAGCUGCGUGAGUUCAAGAAGGAUUACAGGGUUGUGGCCAUUGAUCUGAGAGGCUAUGGUGACUCUGACAAGCCGUCCGGUGUUGACAAUUACCAGAUAUCCAAGAUGGUGGCCGAUCUGAAACAACUCAUCCCAGCUCUAGGCUACAGGUCCUGUGUGCUGGUUUCUCAUGACUGGGGCGGCAUCAUUGCCUGGUCAUUCACUGCCUACCACCCAGAACUGGUCGACAAGCUGAUCGUGAUGAACUGCCCCCAUCCAGGCAUCAUCCGAAGCUUCAUGCAUAAGAGUUGGACGCAGUUCAGGAAAUCUUGGUACAUGUUCUUCUUCCAAGUUCCAUUUCUCCCAGAGUUGGCACUGCAAGUGAGGGACAUGGAAGCUCUGGAAAGACUCUUCACGGGACGCCAGUGUGGUCUCACUUCAGGGAAAUUAAGUGCUGAUGAUGUAGAGGCCUACAAAUAUGCUUUCUCUAUGCCAGGUGCUGCAACAGCUACCAUCAAUUACUACCGAGCCAUGUUUCGGUUUCCUGCAACAAAAAGGAUGCCAAGGAUCUCCUGCCCGGUGCUGACCAUCUGGGGCUGCAAGGAUGCGGCCCUGGAUAAGGGCCUGGCUGCAACCGGUGAUGCUGUUGUAGACAAUUACACAGUUAAAUACAUAGAGGAGGCUAGUCACUGGGUCAUGAUGGACACACCUGCCAAAGUUAACGAACACAUGAAAGAUUUCCUUGAGUAAAUAUGCAACGUCCACAUAUAAGGUAGAAAUCAUAUUAGAGAUAAAAAUGUGAUUUACAAUAAAAUAUCUACAGGUAUAGAUAUUCAGAUAUCUCGGUGUGUAUGUAUGCCUCGUUUGUGUUAUUUGGUGUCCAGACAUGGCUACACCGCACCUUCCACCUGUUUCUGCUCCCCAGGCUACAGAGCCUGUGUGCUGGUUUCUAGCUACUUGCCCUUGCUUGUAACACGUGUGUGCUGACAUUCUCUGAAGAAAUUGUCUCUGUUGAUAAUCAAUAGCUAUGAUUCCACCGAUGAUAUAGAAAGAGUAAAAUCUUUUUAACCGCGUCCGUUCAUCGUAAACUGUGCCUUGUAAGGACAGGAUCAACGUUCUGAAGUCACAAGCAGCACUCAAACGUAAUGGCUGUGGUAUGUCCAGUGAUUUGACCAUCAGACAACAUGAACAACGUAAGGACGUGAAUUAGAGGGGACUGAUCGGCUACUUUAAGAAUAGUAAGCUGCUGACUGAACCACGUAGUGAUUGACAUCCCUGUGACAAAGGGGCACCUGAGAGAACGACAAACGAAGAGUAGUAGACAGUAGGCAGUUGCAAUAGGAAAUAGCAAUGUGGACCAAGGAUUGUUUUACAUUGGACGGAAAUAAAUCACACACCAGUAACAAUAGACUGUCUAUAUUGUUAAGUGAUAUCAAUGGCUUGUGUAAAAAGUUGGACUUGGACUUUAUUACCUAUCUCAAGUCAUUUGACACUGUGAUUUCAGUCAGUUAAUCUCGGUGUUUAUCUUCAAACUGGAUACCUAUCAAAAUCUCACCAUCUCUCUAUCUAUCUAUCUAUCUAUAUGCAAAAAACUGUCGUAGGAAGCAUUUUGUAUUAGACCGAUUUAUUGCAUUAGUUUGAGUGGUGCACUUGCAGCAUAGCUUUAGAACUUGCAUUACUAUACAGAGAAAUUAAUCCGGAUAAUCAGGUUCUUAUAUGUUUUAAGACAAGCUUCCAAUUAUUUUGUAUGGUGACUAAAGCUUUAAAACUCGUCAACAAUGUUUUGUCCUCAUUUAUUGAUUAUGAAUGAAUAGAUACAAAUAUAGUUUUAACGUCUG